UUGGUUAAACACCUUCCUGAGCAGGAGCAGCUGAAUGCAUUGAUGAAGUUUCAGAAUGACUACAACAGUCUGUCUGAGCCUGAGCAGUUUGGAGUGGUGAUGAGCAGUGUGAAGCGACUGCGGCCCCGUCUCAACUCCAUCCUGUUUAAGCUGCAGUUUGAUGAACAGGUCAACAACCUCCGUCCAGACAUCAUGGCUGUUAACGCAGCCUGUGAAGAGGUGAGGAAGAGCAAGGGGUUCAGCCGGCUGCUGGAGUUGGUUCUUCUGCUGGGCAACUACAUGAACACAGGGUCUCGCAACGCACAGAGCUACGGCUUUGACCUCGGUUCCCUCUGCAAGCUGAAGGACACGAAGUCAGCUGACCAGAAGUCAACGUUGCUCCACUUCCUGGCUGCGGUGUGUGAGGAGGAGUUCCCAGAGGUCACCAAGUUCUCCGACGACCUGCAGCACGUUGACAGAGCCAGCCGAGGUAGGAGACAGACACACACCACAGUCAGCAGAGAUCGACACCUACAUUUAACUGUGUCUGCCGUGUCGGGAUUCCCUUUUCCUGCGCUAUAUUCAAAUGCUAGUAUGCAUUCUACAACCAGCAAUAGGAACAAUAUGAUAACAUAACAACUGAUAGCAGUA